AUGUUGUAUGCUGCCCAGGGCAAGUUCAAGGCAGACCUAGGUCUCACCAAGAUCAAGGUCAUCCAUAACCAGAACUACCAACGUCAUGGCACCAAGUCCUAUGUCCAUUCAAUGAAUCGUUACCGUUUUGACCCUACUAAACCUGGCCCAUAUCUCCAUGUCGACAAGGUUAGAUCGCAUGGUCUGCUCCCCCAGGAACUCCACGCGGCACUUGGAGGCGUUGUCCACACAGAGCGAACACUUGUCAAGAAGGAUGAUCCUGGUGAUGAUGGACAGACCGCAGAGGUUACUGCCGAAGAUCAGCAAAACGACUCCAUGUAUAUCUGUGAGGUUGGAAUCGGCGAACCCGUUCAGAAAUUACUACUCGAUUUUGAUACCGGUUCCGCUGACACAUGGGUUCGAUCGACUCUCGAGGGCAAGACUGCUCACUCAGACCAUAACGCUUUCGACCCCAAGAAGUCCAAGACUUUCGAGAAGAUGACCGGAAAGAAAUGGAAGAUCCAGUACGGGGACGGCUCGACUGCUUCGGGUGAUUGUGGAAGCGAUACACUGAUUCUGGGGAAAUUGGCUAUCAAGAAGCAGACAAUCGAGUGUGCUGCCAAGUUAUCACGACAAUUUUCUCAGGGCACAAGCGAUGGUCUUCUUGGUCUUGCUUGGGGAAAGAUCAACACGGUCACAGAUUCUGGUGAAGCUGACCCACAAGCUACUCCUGUUGAGAACAUGAUUAAACAGGAUGACAUCCCCAAGGAAGCCGAACUCUUUACCUCGGCCUUCUAUAGCUCGCGUGACAAGGAUGCCGAGUCGUUCUAUACAUUUGGUUUCAUUGACCAGGAUCUUGUGAAGAAGUCCGGACAGGAUCUUCAAUGGACACAAGUUGACAACAAGGAGGGCUUCUGGUCCUUCUCAUCCGAAUCGUGCUCCAUCAAUGGGGAGAAAGUCAAACUGAGUGGCAACACUGCCAUUGCUGACACCGGCACCACGCUAGCACUUAUGUCGGAUAAAGUAGUUGAGAAGUUGUACGAUCAAAUUCCAGGGGCGACCUACGACUGGCUCAAUCAAGGAUACAUCUUCCCAACUACCGUGAAAGCAGAUGACCUACCAGAAUUCAAGGUAGCUGUUGGUGACCAGGAAUACGUGAUCCAGAAGGAAGACUUAGCCUUCGCCCUUACGGACGACAAGAAGAACUGGUACGGAGGUGUACAGAGUCGUGGCAUGAUGCCUUUCGAUAUCCUUGGUGACACAUUUUUGAAGAGCGUCUACGUCGUCUGGGAUCAGGGCAACAGGCGUUUGGGCCUGGUGCCAAAGAUUCAACCAACGCAGAGCCUCGAGCCGCCCCCUGAUAGCCCUGGCAACAAUGGGGCGGAGAACGACCAUGCUACGGAUGAGUAUAUCGUCUAA